AUGAAUCUCUGCGACCUGUGCAGCUCCAUAAACCUCGAGGACCUCCCUCCCUUCCCCGACGACGACUUCAGCAAGUCCCUCAGCGGGUACCCCCGCUUCCACCACCUCGUCAAGUCGGACUUCGAAAAGGGCGCGCGCGUCGAGCGAUUCGGCGUCCAGUACCACCGCGACCUGGACGGCCUCCUCAGGGCCGCGGCCGAGGGUUGCGUGCUCUGCGAGGCCGUCGAGAAGGAGGCCGCCGCCCUCGCGGAGGAGAUUGAGAACCUGCCCCGGCCGCGAUGGGGCAUCGCCCGCUGCGACCCGAGCUGGGACAUGUGGCUCGUACGGCGGAGCGAGGCCGGCGGCGACGGGCUCUGGGUCGUGUGCAGUAGCGUCGUUGAUGGCGAGGGAUUUCCGUGCUUGAUUCCUGUUGCUGCGGUUGGCUUUGCGUCCGACGAGGAUGAUCCUCUUUCCGCCGGCUCCUCCGACCGCGUGCUGCGACAAGUCCCAGACCAAACCACGCUCAACCGCAUCGCCGCGUGGCUCGAGACGUGCGACGAGCACCCGCACUGCCAGUCCCACGGCAGUCCCAUACCAACCCGCCUCCUCGACCUCGGGACAUCCGACUCCGACCCGCUGAUCAAGCUCGUCGAGCCGGACGCCAGCCUCUGCGACCGCUACGUCACCCUGAGCUACCGCUGGGGCGAGGGGAACCGGCACUUCAUCACGACCAGCGAGACGAUGCAGGCCCGCCGCACCGGCAUCGAGGUCGACGCCCUCCCGCAGACGAUGCGCGACGCGGUCGCGCUCACGCGGAUGCUGGGCGUGAGGUACCUCUGGAUCGACAGCCUGUGCAUAUGCCAGGACGACUUGGGGGAGUGGGAGCGCGAGUCGGCAAGGAUGGCGGCUGUUUAUUCCAACGCAUACCUGACACUCGCCGCAACAAAAGCGGCCGACGUCAACGGCGGUCUUCUAUCUUCUCGAACGCCGAGGUCGUAUUUCAAGAUUCCGCGGAGGGAUGGUGACGGGACGUACAUUCUCGCCAGCGUGCUCCCGCUCGAUAAAGAGGUCAUCCACGACUACCACACCCGUAUGCGCGACGAGCCGCUCACGAAACGGGCGUGGGGCUUCCAGGAGCGCGUGCUGGCGCGCCGGGUGCUGCACUUCGCGAGCGGGCAGAUGUACUGGGAGUGCCUGGAAGGGGGGUUCCAGGCCGAGGAGGGGUUGAGGCUGCCGCGCAGCCUGCAGUGCGUGAGCGAGGACGCCGACGUCACCGCCUACGCCCGGGAGCGCGCGGCCGACAACGAUACGGGCAGCCGCCGCCGCCGCCGCUGGGCCAAGGACGAGGCCGGUGCGGACCUGAGGAGCUGGGAGCGCAUGCUCCGGGAGUACGGGCCGCGCGAGAUGACGGACCCGGCGGACAAACUGCCGGCCAUAUCCGGGAUCGCCAACGUCAUGAGCAAAAUUCUCGACGACGAGUAUGUCGCUGGCCUGUGGAGGGGGCAUCUCAUCCGGGGCCUGUGCUGGCAGGGCCUGAGCUGCAGGGCCGUCGUCGAGGGGUACCGCGCGCCGUCGUGGUCGUGGGCGUCCGUCGACGGGGUCCCUGCCACGGGGCACAUCGGGACCCUGGAGGAGGUUGCCGCGGUUCUUGACGUGGCGGUCGAGAUCGCGGGGGAGAAUCCCUUCGGCCGGGUCCGGGACGGGGUGAUCAAGCUCGACGCCCCGCUGGUCAGAAUGAGGGUGUCUGAGAACAAAGGCCCGACAGGCCACGUUGCGUUCCGCAGCGAGAAGGGGAGCGAGGACUUUUAUGGGAUGCUUGACGUUAUGGACAGGAACUACGAGACCAGCGCCGAGAUGCUUGAAGAGAUGGGGGUGUACGCGCUGGUUUUGGCUUUUACGUACGCGUCUCCGUCGCGUGGGGAGGCGCAGGAGGAGGAGGAGCAGCAGAGCGUGCCGGCUGCUCGGGGUUUGUUUGUCACCCCUGCUUUGGACAGGCCUGGGUGCAUGAGGAGGAUCGGUGCUGUGGUGCAGAAGGCGGAUGCUUUCGCGCCGGGAGAGCUUGAGUCUUGCAGGACUACGGUUUCGAUAGUGUGA